GCCCGUGGAGUGGGUGUGGGCAUGGCGUGGGCCAAUUUCGUUGUGGGGCGAUUUCUUUGUUGGGUCGCCACGUCUAGAUGGCCGCUAUGGCGAGCGUUAUUUCCUCAGCAGCCCCGAAACCCUUCGUCUCGCGCUCGGGUACCAGCAAGCCGUCACCAUUGAAAAUGAUCACGAUAACAUGCGCGGCCAUGAUCUGAGAGUGCAACAUCUCGAAGUUGUCUACGUCUCCCGGUUGGGAAGCGGCAAUCAGCGUGAUGUGUCUGAGACGCGAUGGUACCACUACGCGCUCGGCCACCCCGCCAUACACUCGAUCGGGUUCCUCGCGACUUCGGCUCUUGGAUGGGCUACCCUGCUCGGCUGCAUCAUUGCCGCUGUCCUGUUUCGCCUUUACAUCGCCUUGGCCUUUCUCCUCUUGGUGCCGCUAACUGGCGCCCUUAUCUUUGUCAUCUAUGGCGGGCGGCCCCGGAGGCUUCUUGUCAGCAAACCAAGCGAAUUCAACCGCAUAGUUGUCGUUACAGAGCACAUGAACUCGAAUGAGUGGAAGGUAUUCUACGGAGAGAGUACCAUCGUCAACUCACUCCUCAACCGCCCGCUGGAGCCUACCCAGCCAGGAGAGGCCUCCCCCGCUCAGUUGAGAGCCCUACAGUCCAUCCUAAGGUUUCUCAUCUUCUGCCAGUGGGCGGCAGCGAUCGGAGCGGCGACGACAAAGGAUUGGAAUUCCUUCUUUAUCAGUUUCUGGGUCAUCCUCUGCAAUGUCACCCAUGGCUUCUUCAUCCCACCCACGGGCCGGACUGGGGAGUGGGCGGCGAGGUGCGCAAAGGUCCGGCUGCAGUGCUACAAAACCAAGCUCAGCUCGCGGCGUGCCUUGCUCAACACCUUGGCUGCCCUCAACCCCGACACGUUCGCUGAGACUCCAGACAAGGGCACCGACAGAACGAGACUCUAUGCCCAGGGAAUGACAUGGAUGGAUCCCAUCCUGAAGCCCUCGGCCAGUAGAACCGCUUGGGAGGCCGCCACGAUGGACGCCUUGAAUGAAGUGGAUUCUUGGGGGGAGAACGACGAGGAGGCUGCUAUGAAGUGCCGCAGCAGCGAGCCAAGCCCGUUUGGUGCGCAAUGGAACGACAGGUACCAGGGCCGGGAUACUUACUGGAAACCAUACAUCUCGGAGGGUAUCUACGUGACGUCCAAGGUCAGACUCGCUGGGUCCUUGCCACGUCGCAAGGUGCUUCGCGAUGAGAAGGCCAGCUGCUGAGGCUCUCAUCGAUCUGGCCCGCAAUUUUUGUACCAAGAUUCUUCACUACCUAGGUAGACGUCAGGCAAGCCAAAAAGCGCGUUUUCGUGUCUAACCGUUUGGACCUUGCGAGAGUGCUCGUAUGAUCCCACCCAGCAGGGCCUCCUCCUGCAGCGUAGUCCCUGGCCAGCCGCCCAACCGUCUCAGUUUGACCCAUUCAACGAAUGGGGUGGCUUCGCUCGGCCGAGCUUCGCAGAUGGCGACGGGAAAUCCGCGCGGGGUUGAGAACAAG